CAACUCCUCUUCUUCUCUUCCAAAUCCCUCCAUUUCAACUCAGAAUUACCAGCAAAAGAAAAAAAAAAAAAACUUUUUCAAAGCCUGCUAAUUCUCCCAACAAUGGCGGCAUUGCAUUCCUCUGUUUUUUAACCACUCAAAAAGCAACCCCAUUUCCCACAUUUCCCAGAUCCAUCCCUGUCUCUGAAUUCCCAUGGCUGCUGCUCUGUUUCUGCUCUGUUUCGUCCCCUUCGCCGCCGCCGCCCACGACUACGGCUUGGCCCUCAGCAAGAGCCUUCUGUUCUUCGAGGCCCAGAGAUCCGGGUUCUUGCCCCGCAACCAGCGGGUCACUUGGCGCGACCAUUCUGGCCUCCACGACGGAAAAGCCAGUGGCGUGGACUUGGUCGGAGGAUACUACGACGCCGGCGACAAUGUGAAAUUUGGGCUGCCCAUGGCCUUCACGGUGACCAUGAUGAGCUGGAGCAUUUUGGAAUACAGGACCCAAUUGGCGGCCGGCGGCGAGCUUGGCCACGCCAUGGAUGCUGUCAAGUGGGGAACUGAUUACUUUAUUAAGGCUCACACCGAACCCAAUGUUCUCUACGGCGAGGUGGGAGAUGGGAACAGUGACCACUACUGCUGGCAGAGGCCGGAGGACAUGACCACCGAUCGCCGGGCUUACCGGAUUGACCCGAGCAACCCGGGUUCGGAUCUCGCCGGAGAAACCGCCGCCGCAAUGGCCGCCGCUUCUCUCGUCUUCCGCCACUCUAACCCGGCUUAUGCCAACGAGCUUCUCAACCAUGCUUACCAGCUGUUCGAUUUUGCGGACAAAUACAGAGGCAAAUACGACAGCAGUAUUACAGUGGCUCAGAAGUACUACCGAUCUGUCAGUGGAUACAAUGACGAGUUGCUGUGGGCGGCGGCAUGGCUGUACCAGGCGAGCAACAACCAAUAUUACCUGAAAUACUUGGCCGACAACGGCGACGCCAUGGGCGGCACCGGCUGGAGCAUGACCGAGUUCAGUUGGGACGUCAAAUACGCCGGUGUUCAAAUCCUAGUCGCCAAAGUAACUCAUAAUUAACAAUCCCCUUUCCCAUUUUAAUUUCUCCU